AAAGCAUAGUCAAUAUCAGUCAUAAUACGGAAUAAGCUAUACACUGGUAAGAGGGUACGAUAUCUCCUUGGAGGAGAGUUAAGCUAUCUCGUUAAACAAGCUCGACCAGCACUCUUCCAAGACAGUCCGGUAUGCCGUGUAGACGUUUUAUUUAUUUAACUAGUGACAUGUGCAGUCCUUCCACAUAACGUGUCCCGUCGUAAGAAUCAAAUGAACAAAAUUAUUUCGCCCUUACGUCUGGCAUAGUUAUCGCGCACUGUAAUCCAACGAUGGAGGAAGAAAGAAUUAAACUGUUUCAGAGACUUGACGAAUAUUUCCAAUCAAUUGUUAUUGAACACCCAGUAUGCAGAACGAUAAGAGACUGAAACUACGUAAAAUACAAGGCGACGUUUAAUAUUCUAAGUUUUGCCCGAGGCGCCUUCAAUUGUAACGCCGUUCAAACGUACACACGUUUGUUAUAAGAGAAUUAAAUUGAACACAGGAAAUAAAAAACAAAUAAUUGCAAAACCGUUCGAGUCUUCACCAUAAAUAUAUAAUAACUGAUUUCUCGACAGAUCAAAGUUUGUACGAUUAGAUGUAUAAAUGUUGCUGAUAUUAUUUUUAGAAUUUUCCAUAAAUUAAAUAUUAAUUUAUCACAUGUAAAUGCGAUAAUUUUUCGUUAAUUCAGAGAUUCCUACACACCCCUUGCACUCUAUAAUUUACAUACUUCCUAUGUAGAUGUACUUGGUACACAAGUUUGUUAAUUAGCGACUUAAGACUCGUGCAGACCGCUGCAGAUUUUAUUGUUGCGAGUACAGUCCCAUCAAUGCCAGUCAUUGCUGAUAGCAAAUACAGUUAGUAUUGCGCGACGGGUGUAUGCGUACUAAAGAUUUUUGGUACGUACGCAAUGUUUGCGUGUAUUAUAUAUAAUUUUUGAAAGUUUAAUAAGGGUUUUUUUGAGAGAGAGAAAAUUUCUGAGUGAGGUAUGACCGACGAGGUAAUUUUGGAUCUGACGCCAAGAGCUGAGCAAAGUCAUUUGUUUGACAAAUACUUCAAGUGGGGAUUUAAGGACAAUGCAGCUUUCGGGUAUGGAACCAGCAUUCCGCCAAAUAAUAACGAAUGUGACGAAUCGGAUUCACCUCCCAAGCAGGUGAUCUUUUGCGUCCAUGGAAAACUCUCUGGUUGUUGUACAGUUGUUAAGGGUAGCACGGGGGAUGAACCUUCUAAUUCAAAGUAUCAAUUCCAGAGGAAUACGUCGCUCAUUGAGGAUCAUUGCCACAGAGAGAGAAAUGAAGGAAUUGAUAAGAAAGCCAGAAAGAAGCUAGUAAUUGCCAGUGUAUUGUGCGUUCUUUUCAUGAUUGGAGAAAUCAUUGGGGGUAUCCUAUCAAACAGUUUAGCCAUUGCUACGGAUGCUGCUCAUCUGCUCACUGAUUUUGCAUCUUUUAUGAUUUCAUUAUUCUCAAUAUGGGUUGCCACCAGACCAGCCACUAGGAAAAUGCCAUUUGGUUGGUACAGAGCAGAGGUAAUUGGUGCACUCACGUCUGUAUUGAUGAUAUGGGUGGUAACGGGUGUCUUGUUCUACCUUGCUGUACAGCGAGUGAUUAAUAAAGACUUUGAAUUAGAUGCCACUGUAAUGUUGAUAACGUCAGCCGUUGGUGUUGCGGUAAAUCUAGUGAUGGGUUUGACUCUUCAUCAACAUGGCCAUAGUCAUGCAGGUCAUCAUGGUCAUACCCAUGCUGAUGUUGACCUUGAGCACGAGAAAGCUCAUAUUGAUUCCAAGUCUAGCAAAGCAGAAGCCAAGAAUAUAAAUGUUCGAGCAGCUUUUAUACACGUGGUUGGUGAUUUUAUACAGAGUAUAGGUGUCCUAGUAGCUGCCCUCAUUAUUUAUUUCAAGCCAAACUGGAGUAUCGUCGAUCCCAUUUGCACCUUCCUGUUCUCUAUUUUGGUUCUGCUAACAACAAUUACAAUUAUCAAAGACGUCAUGAAUGUCCUGAUGGAAGGGAUGCCAAAGGGUUUUGAAUAUUCCCAAGUAGAAAGUACCUUGACACAGAUCGAGGGAGUAGUCAAAGUACACAAUUUGCGAAUCUGGGCAUUGUCGUUAGAUAAGACUGCGUUAUCUGCUCAUAUUGCUAUAGAGCCUGGAACUAGUCCACAACAAGUCUUGCGUAUGGCAACGCGGAAUAUACAUGAUAAAUAUAAUUUCUUUGAGAUGACACUACAGAUAGAGGAGUUCGAUAAGAAAAUGGAAAAUUGUCAGCAAUGCAAAUCGCCGCCACUGUAAUAUAAAUACUUCUAGAGCCUAUUAUGUUUGAUUGGGAUGUAUUGAACUGUUAGUUAAUUUGCAAAUAAUAUGAUUCAUAAUGUAUUCGUCACCGUCUGUUUCUUAUUAUAGAAGCAGCAGACGACAAUUGGGUUUGGUUUACUUAUUUGGUUUUAUACCUCUAAAGACAAGCGGUAUUAAUACUUUGAAAAUUUUUCAAAUUAUUUUUCAACUGUCAGUAAAUAGAAUUUAUUCACUAAAUCCCAGCAGUAUGAAUGGAUCCUUAUGAAAUGUAUACUUAAGUUUCAUAUGAAUGUUCAUUGUCACUUGGACAUGAAUCCAGAAGCAUUAUGAUUGAAAUUUGCGAGGCAAUCCUUCUUUUUCUCUAACAUAAGGUCGCUCUUUUUUAAUGAUGUUUAGGCCUAGUACAGAGUUCGAGUUUUCACAAAAUAAUAAAAGAACGUUUCUUGCAUUAUUUUGAGACCCAUGAAUCUGUUUCUUCAGUACAAACAUAUAUAUCUAUAUAUAUAUAUGUAUGUAUGUAUAUCAUUUAUAGAACUACAAAAAUAUUGUAACAAUAGUAACUUGUGCACUAUUUAAAGCACACAUUAAAGGAAAACACUUUUUAUUGCCAUUGGUUACAUAUUAAAAAAUGUUGUACCAUUACUUUUCGUAACAGAUAUAUCCAAAAGUGUUAUGUUCAUGCAUAAAAAUUCUACCAAGACAAAAAUCGACAAAUUCUCCAUCAUAUGAAAUGAUACAAAUAUGUAACAUCCUGAUCACGGAUUUCCUGUAACACCAUGUUAUACGAUCUAAAGGAAAGACUAUUUUGAUAGUUCCUUUGUGUAAUAAUUUUUUAACAAAUUGUUAUAUUCUAUAAAUAUAUUUCAGUUAGACAUGACUAAUAAAA